UCCAUUUCUUCUUCCCUCUCCUCCGCGGCCCCGCUCCGCUCCGGCCACCUCGCCGCCGGUCAAAGCGCGCCUCGUCGGAGCCCAAAUCGGAGCGCGACCCUAACGGAGGCUUCGCUUCAGAUGCGCCGCCACCGCCGGCCACGCGCCGCCGCAGCACGCCGCAGAUGAGCCCCGACGCGACGGGCGAGGCCGGCGGCGGCGGAGGCGGAGGCGGGGACCUGUUCGCCGCCAACCUCAAGGGCUCGCUCCUCGCCGUCGCCUCCUCCGCCUUCAUCGGGGUCAGCUUCAUCGUCAAGAAGAAGGGGCUCCUCCGCGCCGGCGCCGCGGGCUCCCGAGCAGGUGUUGGAGGAUAUGGGUACCUCUUGGAGCCGCUCUGGUGGGUCGGGAUGGUCACUAUGCUUGUUGGGGAGAUUGCCAACUUCAUUGCUUACAUGUUUGCACCUGCUGUCCUCGUCACGCCGCUAGGAGCACUCAGCAUAAUUGUGAGUGCUGUUCUGGCACAUUUUACACUGAAUGAGAAGUUACAGCGGGUGGGCGUGCUGGGAUGUGUUCUUUGUAUUGUUGGGUCGACGGUGAUCAUCCUCCAUGCUCCCCAAGAGAGGACCCCAAGCUCAGUGGAUGAGAUUUGGCACUUGGCGAUACAACCUGACUUCCUUUGCUAUGCUACCGCUGCAGUAGCAGUAUCUCUGUUCCUGAUGAUAUAUUGUGCUCCACGGUAUGGGCAGAUGAACAUAAUGGUGUAUGUUGGAAUUUGCUCAGUGAUUGGAUCAUUGACGGUAAUGAGCAUUAAGGCUGUGGGCAUUGCCAUUAAGCUUACAAUUGAGGGCAUAAACCAGGCUGGCUACUUUCAGACGUGGCUGUUUGCAGUGAUUUCAAUUACAUGCAUAGCUGUCCAGUUAGUUUACCUGAACAAGGCGCUGGAUACUUUCAAUGCAGCAGUUGUUUCACCCAUCUAUUAUGCCAUGUUCACAACCCUCACUAUUUUAGCAAGUGCGAUAAUGUUCAAGGACUGGUCUGGGCAGAGUGCAAGCAAAAUUGCAUCCGAGAUUUGCGGAUUUCUGACAGUUCUUGCUGGUACUCUUGUGCUACACUCUACUAGAGAACCUGAUCAAACUCUUUCGGCAGACCUGUAUGCACCUCUUCCUCCAAAGAUAUACUGGCACAUCCAAGGAAACGGGGAUAUAGGUAAACAAAAAGAGGACGACUCACUUCCCUGUGACAUUAUAACUGUCAUGCGUCAAGACUACUUUGUCUAGAGAUCUUCCAAGAUGCUUGGCGUUUCAUGCACAUCUAUUUGUCUGAGCGGAGAUUGGUACAGUCACUAAGUCUGUCAUUCAUAAUCCCCUCAAGAGUCAAGACCAUCUUGCUACCAAGAUCAAAGCAACUGCAAAAUUUUGUAGACAUGUUGUUACUGGAUUGUGUAUCAUUUGUCGAAUACUCAUGACAAAGCUAAAUGGCCAUACGGUGACUUCUGAGCGAACAAACUUAGCCCCCUAGCCUGACAACUAUGUGAAGAUAUUGUACAAAAAUUGCCAGGAAUGCAGUUCUUUUUUUAACCCUUUCAUUUGAACUGAAGGCAAGUAUACAAGGCUUGCUAAUCGCUAUCAUUGACGUGGCACUUUGUUCCCCUUUGUAGGGUCCGGAAUGUAACUUGAUGUACCUGAGGUUGUCUUGUAUAGUCCAUUGUGUGACUCUCUC